UUAUUUUUUUUCUUUGGGGUUCCAAGAACUCAAAAGAUGAGAUUUGAGAGUCAUGAGACCAAAUCCAGAAUUCUGUCUUGAGUAGUAAAGAAUCGGUGAGGUGUGGUUUAAAAGAGAGAGAGAAGAGAGCAUAGGACUGGACAGCAGUGUUUGAGAUGUCGGAUCCGUACGAGAGAGUGAAAGGAGGGAGGCUGACCUUCAAAGGUGGAAGCCUCGCGAGCCGCAGCAAAUCCAUCGACAAGAAGAAGCACAAGAAGAAGAACAAGAAUCACAACCCGAAGAACGAUGAAUCCGAGCCUUCGUUUCCCUUAGACGUGGAGGCGGAGAUUCAGGAUGCUGAUGCGGGGGAUGAAUCUGGAAACGCGGAAGGAGCACAAGUAGUUUACACGAUCGACGCGGCCAAGCGUAUGAAGUACGAGCAGAUCUUCCCCGUGGAGACAAAGAAGUUCGGUUACGAUCCCAAGUCCGUUUCCAAGUCCGUCGAGGAAGCUCUCGACGACCGCGUCAAGAAGAAGGCCGAUCGUUACUGUAAAUAAUUUCCAUAUCAACCAUCUUUUUUGUUCAGCAUCAGAUAUGACUUUGUCUUGCAAAUAUGAGUGUGUUUUCUACACAUACUCUGAAGGCUUCCAUGUACGUGUGUUGAUCUGUUGAUUUCUGGCAGGCAUGAGGCACAAUGGGAUGGUUGAGUUUGCAGAGAAGUCUAGUUUGGAAACUUUCGUCUCCCUCUCAGAAGUAGCUAGGAAAGCUAUAUAUGCUCUGUACUGGACUCAAACGAGGAAGAUGGCACAUUCCUUUGUUUACCCUAUUGGCUCUUUUAGUAAGCCCUUGUUAUAUUGUAAUGGUUGUAGACCAUAUUUAAGAGCUAUAGUCUAAGGCAGAUGUUUUUUAUUUAAUAAUAUGGUAAGCUGAAUCAAGCGCACCAAAAAUAGAAAAUUACAUGGAUGCA